AUGCUGGGCCCCCGCUGCAGGACACGGCGACGGGAACGCGAACGAGCGGGCCGGCGCGGAGCGGGCAGGAGGGCGUCGGGCGGCGCGGCUCGGCUCUGGACGACGGCCGCGGCUCUCGCUCGGGCGCUGCUUCCCUCCCGCCCCACAGGGCCCAGCCAGGCGCGCGCCGGCGCUGACGUGCGCCGACGUCAGGGGGCCGGGGCAGGGGGCGGGGGCGGGCCUCCACCGGUCACCAUGGCUACCGCGGCAGCGCCGACGUCGGCGGCGGGCGGGAGGGGCGGCGCGCGGGCCGGCCGGGCACCGCGCUUCCGGCCGCGGAGCCCUCCUCAGCCCUCUCCAGCCUCGCCGCGGCCGGGGGCGGGGGCGCCGUCCGCCCCGCCCCCCUCUGCCCCGUCCCGCCGCUCCUGCCUCCCAGCAGAAGGGCAAGAGCGAGCCCUGGUGGGCUGUGCGGAGGGUGCGCCGAGCCGCCGGUGCGCCUCCGACCCGGUCGCCCUGCAGGCUCCGCAGGCCCGCGGCCCUUCCCGCCAAAACCUCGCCCUCCCUAGACCGCGGCGCUAAAUUUGGAGCGCCGCGGCUGAGCAACGCGUUGCUCACAGCUUCUCUUCUUUGUGUCCUUUUUAGCCCGCUGUCUCGGCACCCUGUGUGUCUCUCCACUUUCUGACGUCUGUGAGCGUUCCUACUCACAGCAGUCGGCCACUUACUAAUAAUAAUGGCAAAAAGAAAUGUCAGAGCCGAAGAGACCCUACAGAUGACUAAGUCCGGGAUUCGGAACUGCUAAAGGGCUUCGAAGCCUGGAACCUCUGAAAUGUGGGCACAGCUAUACUUAUUCGAGAGUGUUUCAGGGGAGAGGUGACCCUAUCUUAUGUCAUACUUCCUCCCGCGGUUUGAGAGCUUGUAAACGGUUAAAAAGUAUUUAAUCCGAUUUGUUUCCAGACGAUGCAGCAGGCUGCUGGAAUGAAGGGAGUUGCCAACGUCACACAGCGAUCAGAGGACAAGCUGUAGGAUCUGGUUCUCAUCGUUUACUGUGUGGGUCCUAGGGAUGGAACUCCAGUGCUCA